UCAUCACUCUUCACUUAACCUUCACUCAUUCACUCAUUCAUUCAUCGAUUCUAUCUACAAUGGCGGAAGCAAUAUCGCCGGGAAAGAGAACCUUCAUUUCGUUAGAAGAGCUAAAGCAACACAACAAGCGCGGCGACGCGUGGAUCUCAAUCGACGGCAAGAUCUACGACGUCUCCGACUGGCUCAACCACCACCCCGGCGGCGAGCUUCCCCUCCUCAACCUCGCCGGCCAGGACGUCACCGACGCGUUCCUCGCCCUCCACCCUGUCUCCGCUCGCCGCAACCUCCCCGCCCUCUUCACCGGCGUCUACCUCCGCGACUACGCCGUCUCCGACGUCUCCCGCGACUACCGGAGCCUCGCCUCGGAGCUCACGAAGAUGGGUCUCUUCGACAAGAAGGAGCACGGCGCGCUCAUCUCGCUCUGCGUCAUGGCGGUGCUGUUCUGCGCCAGCGUCAGCGGGGUUCUCCUCUCCGACAGCGCGUGGGUGCAUGUGGGUUGCGCCGCCUUGAUGGGGUUCCAGUGGAUUCAGAGUGGGUGGAUUGGGCAUGAUUCUGGGCACUACCAGAUCAUGGUGAACCGGAGAUUCAACCGGUUUGUUCAGAUCCUCUCUGGGAACUGUCUCACUGGGAUCAGCAUUGGGUGGUGGAAGUGGAACCACAAUGCUCACCACAUUGCUUGUAACAGCCUUGACUUUGACCCUGAUCUUCAACACUUACCAUUCUUUGUGGUUUCUUCCAGGUUCUUUUCUUCACUCACUUCAUGCUUCUAUGAGAGGAAGAUGAACUUUGACCCUGUUGCUAGAUUCUUAGUCAGUUACCAGCAUUUGUCAUAUUACCCUGUAAUGUGCUUUGCUAGAAUCAAUUUGUUUGCUCAGUCUUUCAUGUUGUUGUUGUCCAAGAGAAAGGUGCCUAAUAGAUGGGUGGAGCUUUCAGGGUUGCUUGUGUUCUGGAUUUGGUAUCCAUUGUUGGUUUCAUGCUUGCCCAAUUGGGGUGAGAGGGUUUUGUUUGUGCUUGUUUCAUUUUCUGUUACUGGGAUUCAGCAUGUGCAGUUCACUUUGAAUCACUUCUCAGCAAGUGUGUAUGUUGGUCCACCAACUGCUCAUGAUUGGUUUGAGAAGCAGACUCAUGGGACUCUUGAUGUCAGUUGCUCUCCUUGGAUGGAUUGGUUUCAUGGUGGCUUGCAGUUUCAAGUGGAGCACCACCUUUUUCCGCGGCUUCCCCGGUGCCAUCUCAGGAAAAUUUCACCCCUGGUUAAGGAUCUGUGCAAGAAACACAAUCUUCCUUAUAAUUGUGUGUCCUUCUGGAAAGCCAAUGUGCUGACGCUUCGGACGCUCCGGAACGCCGCCUUGCAGGCUCGGGACCUUUCUAAUCCUGUUCCCAAGAAUUUGGUUUGGGAAGCUGUUAAUACUCAUGGUUGAAUGGAAACUUGAGUGAAGCUUCAUGAGAUUUUGCUGUCAUUGACAGUUUGAUGAAGAAAUGGUGAUAUCUGAGGGUGGUAAUCCUUGGUUUUGAGAAAAUAGAGGCUUCGAUCACUCAUUGUCUUAGCUCUGUGGUAGUGGGAUCAGCUAAUUAUCUUUCAGAAAUUGAUAAGAAAGAAACUACUGAUACUGGUCUUCUGUGGUUUAAUAUAGUUCUUUAUUGUUUGUGUUUUUUCCUCGGCACUUCAUGCUUGAGACUAGGAUCUGAGCACAUGUUUAUUAUGUGACCAUGGGACUCUCUACUACAUAACCAUUUGUGGUUAUGCCAGGUUCAGGUUCAUGUCAUUUGGAACAAGAAGUGUACUAUUUGUUAAUUUAAUUUGCUAUUUGCUGCUUCA